AUGGCUCUUCAGAGGCUUACGACAUCAAUUGCGCUACUCUCUCUUGGUGUGACUGCUUCAAACUGGCAUGGUAUACCUCUUGAAUUACAGCAAAAACUCCGUGCUGCGUCGAAUUUCAUUUGUGACAAUGGACAGCAGCGUCUAGAUCUCUCGCGACUGAAUGAUAAUUAUUGUGACUGUGAGGACGGUAGUGACGAGCCUGGUACGUCAGCGUGCUCGCAUACAGCCGCAGUGUUUCACUGUGUCAACGCUGGCUUUUUCUCUGCUGAUAUCCCGACAUCACAUGUCAAUGACGGUGUUUGUGACUGCUGUGACGGCUCGGACGAGUACGAAAGCGGCACGUGCGCUUCGCACUGCUAUGAAAUGAUGCAGAGCGUUGUGGCGGAGAGAAAGGAUCAGAUUGAACAGGUGGAGAAAGGUCUCGAGGAUCGUAUUGCUUUGGUUGCGAAGAGUCAGGAACUUUGGGACGAGGAGGAGAAGAAGCAGCAGCAGCUGAAUGUCUCGAUCGCCUCGCUGCGGGUGAUGGUGGAGCAAAUGGAAGCAAGGAAUGAGCAUGAGGAACGAGCGGAGCAAGAAGAGAAGGAGCGUCUCAUUGCGGAAAGAAAGCAGGAAAUCUUGAUCCAGCUGGGAUUACUUGAUUUGACCAAGGAGCAGUUGACGUCGAUCAUUGUAGAGAUUGGACGCGAGGGCAUGUCAGCCAAGCGUGAUCUGCUUCCGAUUAUUCGCAGCGAGCGCAAAAGGACUGCUGAUGGAGGGAAAGAGCUGUCCAGUACACCGAUGGACGAGCAAGACAAGGCUUUCCAAGAGCGUGACGAUGCUCGUCAGAAGGAGACACGUCGCAUUCAGGCGUUGAUUGAAGAGCGGGAGAAAGAGAAGGAGAAGAAGGCUCAAGAGAAAGCGGAAGAAGAAGAAGAUGACGAUGAAACGCCCGAGGACAUUGCUGAACAUGUUGAAAUAACAUUGGAGCAUGAAACUGAAGCGGAGGAUGUUAAUGAAGCGCAAGAUCCUGAGGAAGAAGACUUGACGCUUCCCAAAGUAGAGACUCAUCCUGUAGAUCUCUUGUAUGACGAGCUGGCAGCCAGCGAGCGUUACGAACGAAGUCAAGCUGUGUUGACCCGGAAGCAACUUGAAGAUACAAAGAAAGAGCUCAAGGAGGAGGAAAAAAAGCUAGUUGAGGCGCAAAGACUGAUGGACAAGGAUUACGGUGUGGACAAUGUGUUUUUCGGACUGCGCGACAAGUGCGUAGAAUCGGACGCAGGUCAAUACAAAUACAAGGUCUGCUUUUUCGGUACAGCGACCCAAGAUUUUGUCAAGCUGGGCGAUAUGGAGGAGAUCAAUGGCUCCAAGGUGUCAGAUAGUGAGAAAUCUGGUGAGAGCUCUUCUCACUCAUCCGAAGACCUUGCAGCAACUGGAACAAUUGUGAAAGAAAUUAAAUUUUUGAACGGUCACGCGUGCUGGAAUGGUCCGACGCGAUCGCUGACAGUGAAACUGGAAUGUGGUCCGGAUCCAAUGGAGCUCUAUGACAUUGAAGAGCCUAGUAUGUGCGUGUACACAGCAAAGUUGCGCACACCGGCUGUAUGUAGUGAGGACGAUCGUGAACAGAUUCUGACGUUUAUUGACGCGCGGAUUGCACCUCAUUACAUCGAGAUUGAGGUUCCGCCCACGCUGUAA